AUGGCGUUCCUCGCCUACGUGCUGCUACUCGCCGCGGCGCUUCUCUCCCCCGCCGUGACCACCGCCACCGCCACCGCCACGACCCUGGAUGGCGACCAUAGCAGCAGUGUGGUGACCAAGCCUCUGUCGCGCGUCUCGCCGGAUGCCGCAUUCGUCGCAGACCUUCGUCGUCCGUCCGUCGUCGCUCGUCGCCUGAGCGGCGGAGUGGCGCGGCCACCCGCGGCGAGCCCGCGGCCCCGCGAUGUGAAGCUCGCAGCGCCGCAAUUGGCGGCGCUGGUGGCGCUGACGGGGUGGAAUGCGACGGCCGAGCUGUGCUCUGAGUGGCCGGGCGUCACGUGCAACCGCCGAGGCAUGGUCACCAAGAUAGAUCUGCAGGAGUAUCCCAUCUCUGCGUUCACCGCUGCCCCACCGGGAACCCUGCCUGCUGACAUCGGUGCCUUCAACGCCCUCCAAGUCCUGAGGCUUCCCAAGCAGAACCUCUCGGGUCCCAUCCCCACAGAGUCUUUUACAAACCUCACCUCCCUUCGUGAACUUGAUCUCUCCUCCAACCCUCUCGACGGCAGCCUGGAGUUUCUCGGCUACCUGCCCUCCUUGCAAUACCUCGAUCUGCACGCCACUCAGUCGAAUGGGGAGAUCCCAGCUGCCCUCGGCAAUGCCACCGCCCUCUCGUACCUCGAUCUCUCCUCCAAUGCUUUGAACGGCAGCCUGGGGAUUCUUGCCUUCCUGCCGUCCUUGCAAUACCUCGAUCUGCACGCCACUGAGCUGACUGGGGAGAUCCCCGCCGCCCUCGGCAAUGCCACCGCCCUCUCAUACCUGUCCCUUGGAGGUCUCAACCUCACAGCAGGGCAGCUCCCUGCCUCUCUCUCCGCCCUCACUAAUCUCACUUACCUUGACCUGAGCUAUCUCAAGUUCACCAGCUUGCCAUCGUGGAUCGCACGACUUCCCAAGCUGCAGUUCCUGGAUGUGACAGCACCCAUUGACCUCACCCCCGCCCGCUCCUCGCCCUUUCCAGCCGACUUUACGAAUCUCACCAGCCUGAACACCCUGAGGGCAGCGGUCAACGGCCUCUCUGGCUCCCUCCCCGCCACCAUCACAGCCCUCACCAACCUCUCAGAGCUUGAUCUCGCGUAUAACAGACUCACUGGCCCCCUCCCUGCCCUCCCCUCCACUCUGCUUCGUCUCUCGCUGAGCCACAACGCCCUGGAGGGCCCCAUCCCCUCUUUUGCUGCACCGGGACUCCAAGACUUGGAUCUGAGCCACAACCGGCUGACAGGGCCCCUCCCAGCAUCCUUCACAGCCCUCACUUCCCUCACCACCGUGUGA